AUGGCCCCAAACACCAGAGGACGCAGCCGUCUCGAGGAUCCCGCCGAAGGACACUCGGGGGCAGGGCUGCAGCAGGCUGGGGAACAAGACCGUUCAUCCGCUGGACAGACAGCGUCACCAACUGGGGGCCUUUCCCAUCCAAAAGGAAAGGAAGAGGAGGGAAGAAGACCUCCUACCCGAUUUGGACAAUUUGCUAACAGUCGAUUUGUUGGAGGAACUGGAUAA